UUCGAUUUGCCGAACGCGGUCUUGAGUUUUGCGAGUUUUGCUUUUAAAAUUUAAUUUAAAAAAUAAAAUUAGGAAGCGGUGCUAAAUUUCUUUCUCGUAAAAUAAGCAUGGAGUCUCCGGCCAAACCUAUCUUUAAGCGGCAAGCCCUGGCCGAGACGAACCCAAUCGCCGGCAACAAGAAACGCACCUGGAAAUCGCUGAAGCAGAUUCUUGCCCUCGAGCGCACCCUUCCCUGGAAGGAAUCGGACGUGACAUAUUCCUCCAUCAACGCUCCGCCCUCGUUCGUCCCAGCCAAAAAGUACUCGGACAUUUCCGGUCUGAUUGCGCCGUACACAGACCCGCAUUCAAAGCUGCAGUUCCACAACGCCGAGGAGUUCCAAACGGUGCGCAGCCUGCCGAUGGAUCUUACCGCGGGAUAUUUGGCCCUGAGGGGAGCGACCAGCAUCGUUUGAAUGGAAAGUGUUAGCAGUAAGUAAAGAAUUUUUGAAAUUAUAUUUAUUUUUUAAGGAUAAA